AUGCUUCCCCGCCCUUCACUUGCCAGCAGUUACUCUACGCUCACCGCCCUCGUGCCUAUAUUGUUGCAUCAUCAGUUGGGAUUUUCAGCGAUCGACGGUUUUACACCUGCUAGCGAUUUGUCUCAACUCGUUUUGACAAUGGGUGAGAACAAUGCAACAUGCGAGAAACCUCCAAGCAGUGUGCCCAAAGGAACCUGUUGUCAGACGGCUGUCAAAAGUCCACUUUCAAUCGGCAGCCCCUCCUUCCUUCUGGAUCCACAUCAACUGGCAAGCACUCUUCAAGCCAUGCGUGGUUCUAUGGCCAUGCUUCAUGUAAGCGAAGGGGAAUGCAAAAAACGUGCACAUUUGCUUAUGUUCGAGCCCCAUGCUGCUUGCGGAAACAUGGGCUCCGAGAACUCACUUGCAGACUUCUACCCGAAGACACCACCCAACAGCCCACGUAUGGCUGUUUCGGAAGCUGUCUCGAUUGAGCAUGUAUCUAUUUUAGAGAGCUGAAUACUACCCGACGAACACCGUCAGCGAC